CGAUGGUUGCCUAAAGUGGAGCGAAAACUACAGAGCUUCGGAGGUUGGAGUUGGAGAAAGAGAUCGAGAGAGAGGGAGGGAGAGAGCCUUUGAGUUUUUAAUAGUCUCUCUUAUUUCUUUGCAGCGAAGUAAACACCGAAAAGGAUGAAUUCCCGGGUCACCAUGAUCUUCAUCUUCAUCGUCUUCGCCUUCUCGUCCUGUACCCUUCCUCAGGGAGGCGCUGGGAACUUGGAAGACUUGUCUCGGUUCUCCAAUGCAUUAGAAGCCCUGCAGAAGCAAAUCGGAUACAAGUUCAAGAACAUAGAACCUCUUCGUCGGGCAGUGACCCACCCCUCCUACUCCGGAGAGAACUACAGAGCUUUGGCGAUUUUGGGUAUGAACGUCAUCCAAACUUCAGCGUCUCUCCGCUACCUCCAACGGGAUAUAGAGAUGUCGGCCAAAGAGUUGAAUCGUCGGGUAACCGAUGUCUCAGAAAUGCAGUCUUCGUGCGCUGCCGACGCGUUGCGGUUAGGGUUGGACAAAGUGGUGAGGGUUUCAAGGAAGACAGACUCUACCCUGCCGUCCGUCCUUUGUGGUGCUUACCGAGCCAUCUUUGGUGCGAUUGCCCUGGACAUGGGUAAAGCUGAUGCCGCGGGUAGUGUGUUCUGGGAUGUUCACGAUGCUGGCGAUUUUCAUGCAGAGGAGCACCAUGUUCUUGGAGAUGUUGCUCUCUAACCUCCAACACAUAAAGAAGUUUCUGUUCUUCCGUCCAUCAGAUAUUUACUGUUACCGUGUGUCUAUCCUAGCCUGUUCCUGUGUUACUCCUUGGUGAAAUGUUUAAACAAUAAUUUUUCUGUAUUAGAGAUCUUGUAGCCACUAGAAAUGUUUAUGUUUAGUUUAAAUGCUAGGAAAGUUCAGUAUUAAAAUUUUGUUCGUUCCUUGUUA